CGCUAGGCCUGAUGGCCGAUGUCGUCAACCUUCGUCCCUCAGCGCUCGACGUCACUUGAACGGAGUACACAUCCUUAAUAAUAUGCCCUGGUUCCUUGACUCUCUUUCUCUUCCUCUUCGUCUUCCCUCGAGUUACCACACCAGCAUACAUACCUACAUACAAUUCGAGCCUGCACCUCCCUUUUCUCCCAUGUAGAAAACCCAUCGCCGGUGCUUCCCCAGCCGUUUUUCUCUGCUUGCCCGAGUCUUUCUCUCUUUCUCUCUUCCCCUCUUGCCCUCCGCGAUGGGUCCUUUGAGAGGCGCCCAGAGGAGUGUCAUAUUUCAUUCGCGCCUCGCCUUCCGAUCCAGCUUCCAGAGAAUGACGCUGCCGCUCGUGGCCUCGCGAUUGGCCUCGAGCGUGGCCCCUAAACUGAAAGACCCCUCGCUUCUCAAGACCGGCGUCUGCUACGUCGACGGAGAAUGGGUCAAGGCCGCGUCAGGCAAGACCUUCAAUGUCUAUGAUCCCGCUACGGGUGCCCUCAUCGGCGCGAGCCCGGAGUUCACCGGCAAGGAUACCGAAAAGGCCAUCUCUGCCGCCGCCGCCGCCUUUCCCAGCUUCCGGACGAAGACGGGCCGUGAGAAGGCCAAGUUACUCCGCAGGUGGUACGACCUGGUGGUGGAGAACGCCGACGAUCUCGCCAAGUUGAUCACUUGGGAGAAUGGGAAACCCUUCGCGGAUGCCAAGGGCGAGGUCAACUACGCUGCCAGCUUCUUCGAAUGGUUUAGCGAGGAAGCACCGAGACUGUACGGCGAUUCGAUCCCGGCUACCGUCCCAGGAAACCGAGUCCUGACCAUCAAGCAGCCCGUCGGUGUCUGCGGACUGAUCACGCCGUGGAACUUUCCGGCUGCCAUGGUCACGCGCAAACUCGGCCCUGCUCUGGCUGCCGGCUGCACCGUCGUCGUCAAGACCCCAGGAGAGGCGCCAUUCACCGCCCUGGCGUUAGCUGAGCUCGCGCACCGAGCCGGUAUCCCCAAGGGCGUCGUCAACUUCGUGACGACGCUCGAGCACACCCCCGAGGUGGGAGAGACGCUGGCGACUCACCCCACCGUACGGAAAGUGUCCUUCACUGGGUCGACGGUUGUAGGCAGGCUCCUUAUGAAGCAAGCGUCUCCCACAUUGAAGAUCUUGUCUAUGGAACUGGGAGGAAACGCACCGUUCAUCGUCUUCGACGAUGCCAACGUCGACGCGGCAGUUGCAGGUGCGGUCGCCUCGAAAUUCCGCUCGUCGGGACAGACAUGCGUGUGCGCGAACAGGAUAUACGUCCAAAAGGGCAUCUACGAUGAAUUUGCAGCCAAGUUCGCCGAGCAGGUCAAGAGGUUCAAAGUCGGUCACGGGUUUGACGAGGGUAUCACUCACGGACCGCUCAUCCACAACCGAGCCAUCUCCAAAGUGGAGGCGCACGUCCGAGACGCCGAACAGAAGGGGGCCAAGAUCAUCCUAGGCGGACAGAAGCUACCGGACUUGGGCGCCAACUUCUUCCAACCUACCGUCAUCACCGGCAUGACCAAGGAUAUGGCCAUGGCGGGCGAAGAGACGUUCGGGCCCGUGGCCGGGCUGUUCCCUUUCACGACAGAGAAGGAAGUCGUCGACCUAGCAAACUCGGCCGAGGUCGGUCUCGCCGGAUAUUUCUUCUCGCAGGAUCUGGAGCGGAUCACCAGGGUGGCCGAGGCUCUGGAGGUGGGCAUGGUGGGCGUUAACACGGGCAUCAUCUCCGACACGGCAUCGCCAUUUGGCGGCGUGAAACAGUCCGGAUUCGGCCGGGAGGGAUCUAAAUACGGCAUCGAUGAGUACGUAAACAUCAAGACGAUAACACUGGGAGGCAUGAACAAGCCGUUACAGAGUUGAGAUGGGCAUUUUGCCGAGGGCAGGCCACCUAGAUAUGUAUAGAUAGAAGUGUGUGUACCUAUAGGUAUGGAGGACAGUUAGGGGGGGAGGUUCUUUGGUGGUAUGGGCGGCGAAUGCCGGCAGGUUAAUGCCAAUCCGACGUAAUGAAUAGAGGCAGAGUGCACAAUAAGCUUAUCCAUCAGAACCCACCAAUCUCAACCGUCGAAAA